UACGAUGGCGUCAGCAGUGUGCUCCAGUUCCUAGGACUUUACAAGAAAUCUGGAAAACUUGUGUUCUUGGGUUUGCACAACGCAGGCAAAACCACUCUUCUACAUGUGUUCAAAGAGGACAGAUUGGGCCAACGUGUUUCAACAUCACAUCUGACAUCAGAAGAGCUGACGAUUGCUGGAAUGACUUUUACAACUUUUGAUCUUGGUGGGCAUGAGCAAGCAUGUCCACCAUGUCGGGUUUGGAAAAAUUAUCUCCCAGCAAUUAAUGGGACUGUCUUUCUGGUGGAUUAUGCAGAUCAUCCUCACCUCACAGAAUCCAAAGCUGAACUUAAUGUGUCAAUAACUGAUGAAACAGUAUCCAAUGUGCCAAUCCUUACCUUGGGUAACAAAAUUGACAGAUCAAACGCAAUCAAUGAAGAAAAACUCCAUAAGACGUUUGGACUUUAUGGACAGACCACAGGAAGGGGGACUGUGACCCUGAAGGCGCUGAACCCCUGCCCCAUGGAAGUGUUCAGGUACAGUGUGCUCAGGAGACAAGGCUAUAGCAAGGGCAUCUGCUGGGUCUCCCAGAAUGUUGACUGAUAUUUGGACAGUGAAAAUAAGAGAGUUUUACUUCUCUUGACUGAUCCUAU